UCAAUCAUUAUUGCUCCGCUCAUACAACUCACACACAUAAGUACACCUAAAAUGAGAAAUUGUAUCAAAUAAUCUUUUAGCCAUAAUAAAUUGGCUUAAUUGAAUUAGUUUCUAAUCAAAAGAGACCUGCGAAUAAAAAUUAAAAUGGUUCGGAGUAUAUUCAUAUUAAUUUUAAUCAUCAAAGCGUGUUUAGGUUUCUCUGAUGUUGGUAAAUGGGAUUUACCGCUUAGCGGGAACUCCUGCACAUUUGCACUAGCAAAGUCGCUAUUCAAAGGGUCAAAACUUUAUGUAGUGUUACAUUGCGGGGUUGACGAGGCGACAGUCUCAUUGAACUAUGAAUGGACGCCUACGCUGUGCUCCCCCGACUACUUCCAUUAUUACGAUCAGGAAAUAAUCGAAUGUUCGGCGACGAGCGCUCGGCCGAUUAAAGACCUUAACUCGACGGAGUACAGUAACAAAUUCCCGUGCCACAGUCGGAUAUCAUACAACAUGUUAUCUGGCACUUUGUUGGACAAGAAACCUGAAGACGUUUCGUAUGCUAACAAUUUCGACCAGCCACUACUGACCGUGGACACGGAAGGGGUCUACGAGUUCAAGGUGACAGUGGUUGGGGACAAGAAAUUCAACGUCUCAGUUGAGGUCCGGCUGGAGUCUCCGUACGGGUACCUGUCUGCUGCCAUGUGGCCGCUGCUUGUGUUCUUCGGCGUGAUGUGCGGCGUGUACACCGCGCUGUGCGCGCUGUGGCUGGCCGUGUGCGCGCUGCAGUGGCGCGACCUGCUGCGGAUCCAGUACUGCAUCGGCGGCGUCGCGCUGCUGGGCAUGCUGGAGAGCGCCACCUUCUACGGCGUCUACUGCUCCAUCAACAAUACCGGGUAUUUCAACUUGUCGCUAUACAUGCUCGCGGAGUGGCUCUCGAUCGGCAAGCGAGCGCUCGCGCGAAUGCUCGUCAUCAUCGUCUCGCUCGGCUUCGGCAUCGUCAAGCCGCGAUUGGGCCCGGCGCUGCAGCGCGUGCUGGCGGCGGGCGCGCUGUGGUUCGCGCUGAGCGGCGCCAGCGCGUGGCUGCGACUGCAGCAUCGCGCGCGCUCCAACCGCACGCUGCUGCUGUCGGAGGCGCCGCUGUCGCUGCUCGACAGCGCCAUCUGCUGGUGGGUCUUCGUGUCGCUCGCGCACACCAUGCGCACUCUGCAGCUGCGCCGAAACGCGAUCAAACUGUCGUUGUACAAGCACUUCACCAACACGCUGGUGUUCGCGGUGAUCUCGUCCGUGGUGUUCAUGCUAUACUCCAUCAAAUCCUACAGGGUCCUCGACUGCAUCACGGAUUGGAAGGAGGUGUGGAUGGACGAAGCCUAUUGGCACAUGUUGUUCUGUGCCGUGCUGGCGGCCAUCAUGGUGCUGUGGCGGCCGACCAACAACAACCAGCGCUACGCCUUCACCCCACUGCUCGACAACAUUGAGGACGAUGAUGAAGAGGAACAGUUCGUAAACGACGCGUACGGCGUCAAGAUGCGCGGCGCCGCGAGCGCGGACGCGCGGCCGGCGCCGGCGCCCGACGCUGACCUGCGCUGGGUCGAGGAACACAUCCCCGUCUCCUCGCUGCCCUUGCUCGACUCUGACGAGGAAUUGAUCAACACGAAGUUCGAAGUUUCCAAGAUGCAGUGAAUCGGUGAUAGUGACCAGUGAACAGUUCGGUGAACUUCCCAGUGAUUUUUAUUGAGACAAAGAAAACUUAAGGCAACGUGUUUCUCAUCUUGUGUGUUAUUACUGAUGCCACACUAUCGCCGGUAAGAGUACCUAUUACUCUGAUGAAAAUACUGUACGUCGGUGUGAGACGGAAAUAGAUGAAAUAAUUUAAUAACUGGCAUUGUCUCGAUAGCUCAGUGGUUAAGAGCCACUGUCCCGGAGAUGGGUUCGAUUCCGGCUCGAUUCCAGAAUUUUUUCAUCUCAUUAUUAUUUUCAAAACAAUCGCCGAACUCGGACAGAUGCCGACGUGAAUGCAAAAGCACUCAUAUUUGCUUUUAUUUAACACAAUGAAAAACCAGUAACGUAUGCCGAAAGCGCCUAGUUGGACGAACUGGUGCGCGAUGUGUUCCCGGCAUAAUCAAAUUAAAGGUGUCAAAUUUUAUUCGCCUAAAAGCAUCUGACAUGACAUUUUUACUACUACUUAUCACAUAUACACACAAUAUUGUGGCAAGUAGUCGCAUACACUAGUCAAACAGUGGGUAGGUUUCCUGACGAUGUUUUUAUUCCGACGUCGUAAAACCUGGCACACGAUCAGAUAGAUCUCGGUUAGCUGUCCCGUUUCUUCUCGUAUAUUUCUAAUGCGCGCUCUUAUAUGAGCCAAACGAAAGAUGACGGAUGUCUAUAGUUUUCUUUGUCUACGGAUUUUAUCGAGUCGAAGUGGGCCUAAGACUGCCAUUUUUUAAAUGUACGAUUUAAAAACAUGUGAUUUCAAUUAGUGUAGUUAGUCCUACAUUUGAAAAAUUACAGGUUUGGCUUCAUUUCGUUUGUAAUAAUCGAUAUUGUAUGUAUUGCUAUUUUCUAUUGUGUAUUUUUAAUGUGUAAUUGUGAUAUUUUUGACUUUCCUAAAUUCAUUAUUAAAAAAAUGGAUAGGUAUUUUUUGCUGGAAUCGAAUUUGGAUAUAUGCUGGCUUGACAGUUGUUUUGAAGUUUUUUAAAUAUAUUAUUGUCCUGAGCUCAAAUGUCUGUUUAAUUAAGUGUGGGUAUAUUUAUUUUCUUUUUGGAAAUGGUUAUGUUGGUACAUACCUAAUGCAGCACGUGUACAACGGAAUUAUUACGCAUGCGUACACGCGGACGUAACGUAUACACAUUAGGUCUGCACCAUUAUUUAAAUAAAAUUAAUAAUAGGUUUUAUUUCAUCAAGUUGUAGAAACAGUAUACAAUUUACACAAUAUAUAAAAUGCAACGGAAUUUGUCAUCACUUCGCUGCUUUCUUUUUGGAAGUGGUAAUAAGUAGUAUAUUUAGGAAUUAAUUCCAUCACUCAAAAUAAAAGUAACUGCUCGUCUUCAAAAUAUAUAUCAAAACAUACAUACAGUAGGAACUUAUAUCGUGAAUAAAGUAUUGAUUUAGUGGAAACUGUUACAAAUUCAAAGAUCAACGUUUUUUUAUAGGUUUUCGUUAAAAAGAAGCGUAUUUUCUUUUACAAUAAGAAUUCGCUUCAAAAUUUGAAUGAUUUAACUGUGACUGUGUUUUCCUCACAGACCAUUUAGUUUUCUAUUUGAUGCAAAAUUAGGUACUUAUAAGACAUAUAUUUUAGAGGCUUAACUUACUUGAAAGUAUUAAGAAUACAGAAUAAUGUAAUGUUCGUUCGUUCUACUCUCUCAUCGGGGCGUCUUCCGGGUUACUUCUACAACCGUAAACCGUUGGAGCCCUGGCUCCACUCUCACUAUCGGCCAUGUUAUUUUAUAAUAGUUUAUUAAUUGAAAAGCGUAACUAUUUUGAAAGUUCAGAGAGACGAGUGAUCUCACAAACGAAUUCCUUUCAUGUUAGUUUGAGUUUCUAACCUUGUGAAAAUAGUAUUGUGUUAGUGUAUAUAGUCAAACCACAAACUUGACAUAAAUAAAGAAGUAGUUACGUACCAAAAAUGGAGAACAGUUUUAAAGUAUACCUACUACAGCAGGCCUACCAUCAACUUUUACAUAACGAUUCCAAUGCUACUCAGUUCAAUUUAGGAACCUAAAACGAAUCGCAUUCAUACAAAAAAUUAAGUCGAUGGUACGAAUUUGCGAUGCAGGUCAGUUUAGGUCGUAAAGUGGAUCGCGUUAAGUGAUGAUGGUAAGCCCCAGAAAUUAAUAAGAAAAAAUAAUUUAUUAAAACAAUGUGGAUCGAUGGAAUGUAACAUUUAUUUCUUACUAUUUACGUGUAAUUUGUCAUCACUUUGCUGCUUUCUUUUUGGAAUUGGUAAUAAGUAGUAUAUUUAGGAAUUAAUUCCAUCACUCAAAAUCAAAGUAACUGCUCGUCUUCAAAAUAUAUAUCAAAACAUACAUACAGUAGGAACUUAUAUCGUGAAUAAAGUAUUGAUUUAGUGGAAACUGUUACAAAUUCAAAGAUCAACGUUUUUUUAUAGGUUUUCGUUAAAAAGGAGCGUAUUUUCUUUUACAAUAAGAAUUCGCUUCAAAAUUUGAAUGAUUUAACUGUGACUGUGUUUUCCUCACAGACCAUUUAGUUUUCUAUUUGAUGCAAAAUUAGGUACUUAUAAGACUUAUAUUUUAGAGGCUUAACUUACUUGAAAGUAUACAGAAUAAUGUAAUGUUCGUUCGUUCUACUCUCUCAUCGGGGCGUCUUCCGGGUUACUUCUACAACCGUAAACCGUUGGAGCCCUGGCUCCACUCUCACUAUCGGCCAUGUUAUUUUAUAAUAGUUUAUUAAUUGAAAAGCGUAACUAUUUUGAAAGUUCAGAGAGACGAGUGAUCUCACAAACGAAUUUCUUUCAUGUUAGUUUGAGUUUCUAACCUUGUGAAAAUAGUAUUGUGUUAGUGUAUAUAGUCAAACCACAAACUUGACAUAAAUAAAGAAGUAGUUACGUACCAAAAAUGGAGAACAGUUUUAAAGUAUACCUACUACAGCAGGCCUACCAUCAACUUUUACAGAAUGAUUCCAAUGCUAUUCAGUUCAAUUUAGGAACCUAAAAUGAAUCGCAUUUAAACAAAAAAUUAAGUCGAUGGUACGAAUUUGCGAUGCAGGUCAGUUUAGGUCGUAAAGUGGAUCGCGUUAAGUGAUGAUGGUAAGCCCCAGAAAUUAAUAAGAAAAAAUAAUUUAUUAAAACAAUGUGGAUCGAUGGAAUGUAACAUUUAUUUCUUACUAUUUACGUGUACUUUAGUAUUAUAAAGCAUUACCAGAAUGUUGUAGUAAUGUAUAUUUGUUUUAUUAUAUUUAAAUAUCUAACAGACCGAGCUGACAGAGAGUGGUCAAAAUUUAAUUAGUUUUCAAAAACCUGACGACUUCGGUUGCGUAGUGGUAAAGUGCUUGCCUCUGAACCGAGACGUCCCGGGUUCGAGCCCCGGUCGGGUCAUGAUGGAAAAUGAUCUUUUUCUGAUUGGCCCGGGUCUUGGAUGUUUAUCUAUAUAUGUAUGUUAUAAAAUAUAGUAUCGUUGAGUUAGUAUCCCAUAACACAAGUCUAGAACUUUGGAGCUAGCUCAAUCUGUGUGAUUUGUCCUAAUAUAUUUAUAUAUAUAUAAUUACGCCACCAGAUAUGGGGUUGUAUGCCCAGUUUCAUCCCAUUGUCUCUGGGAAGGAAUUGAGCGUAAACACAACUAUGUACCCCAACUUUGUUCACGAAUAUGAAGGACACAGGAAGGGUGCAAUUAUGGAAUUUUAUCGAAGUAGGGUCGAAAAUGUUCAGUAUUAGCCUAUGAAAGGUGCGUGUGAGGAGACCUCACCGAUUGCAACCGUCGUCGGUCCUAGACACUCCACUAAAUAUCUAUUGAGCAAUCAGAGCUGCGUUCGUGGUAUUCAAAAACUGAUUAUAUUUCGAUCACUUCUAUUGUAUGAGACAGGUCGUCCAGUCAGGAAUACAUUUUAAAUAGUAUGUGAUCUUGAAUGUAAAUAUGUUGUUACUAAGUAUAUGAAAAAAAAAACGAAAUAAAGUUAUUCACUUAG